GCCUGCCUGCCUGCCCUAUUCGUCUCCUCCCUCCGCCACCACCGCCGCCGCCGCGAGCGUCAUGGGGUACACCAAGGAGCAGCUCCUCGCGCGCCUCCAGGAGCUCAACAUUGAUUUCUGUUGCUAUGAUCAUCCAGUUGUGUUGACAGUGGAAGAACAGGCCAAAUAUGUUGGGCAUUUAGGAGGUGCUUUGAGUAAAAAUUUGCUAUUGAAGGACAAAAAACAUCGGUUGUAUGUUGUUUCUGCCCUCUCUGGAACCAAAGUUGACAUGAAAAUUCUAUCACAACGUCUUGGUUUGGGAAAAGGUGGUCUACGGAUGGCUCCUGAGGAAAAUUUGCUUGAAGUGCUUCAGGUGCCCUUAGGUUGUGUUACUCCAUUUGCACUAGUCAAUGAGUCCGCAAGUGCUGUCUCACUAUUACUGGACCAAGGUUUUAAGUCUAAACAAAGCUGCUACUUCCACCCACUUACAAAUGAUGUGACAAUCGCUCUCAGCUCAAGCAAUCUGGACAAGUUUCUCAUGUCCAUUGGGAGGCAACCAACUUAUGUAGACUUGGAGGCUUCACCAGUUGUAGGCAAGGAUAAUCCUCCUGAUCUAGCAGAGCUUGUACCAUCAGGUGUUCCAAAUUCCUCAGAGUCAAUUGAGAAUGUGAAACCUACAAAUGUUAUUCGUCAAAAUGAUGUUCCCAAAGAGAAGACAUGCCUUCCUGAAGUGAAGGCUAAACCUAAAGGUCAGAACAAGGGUCCAGAAAAGACGCAGAGCAAGAUACCUGCCAAUAGCACUAAUGUUGAGAAAUUUGUAAAUGAUGUAUUUGACAUCAUGUCCCCAUUGUUCCUUUCUGAGGUAUCAAAGAAACUGAAUGUUAAGCAGGAAGAACUUUCUUCAAUAUUAGACAGCUGUAAAGAACGAGCCGCUCCUGAUUUGGAGAGUGUAACGAUGAUUCUGAAGAACGCAUCAUACACGGCCGGAUUUGAGGCCGGCUUCGAGACUAUGCUCAAUUCAGGUUUAAAUGGACGUCCUUCUCGGAAGUAAAUUGUUUCUUUUAAUACAAUGGACAUGAGUCUUCAAUGAAUUUUGCAUGCCAUUCAGUGUAAAAUCGAUCAAAUUAUAAUCAUGUUUUCCAUUGACC